AUUCCAACUCCGAUUUGUGCUCUUGCAUGGCCCAUUAUGAGAUCGCGCAGGGUCUGUCGGGUUUCCCGCCUGACUCUCAGGGAAAUUGUGCGCAGAGAAACUGUGAAAUCAGUUCAGUUUGCGCACUGUGAAUACAUGUGCAACAAUAUUGCCCGAAUUUCAUGAGCCCCAUUUUAAUAUUUUUUUCGGUUUUUGAUUGUAAGGAAGCAGCAUAAUUCCAAAUACCGAUGAAAAAAUAGGGUUUCACGAGGGACAGGAAAUUAUUCUACUUGUGCAAGUGGUACAGUCAUGGUAAUGGCCACCAAUCCUCCGGCUGCGCCUCAGCCUGCUCCGGCCACAGCGGCUCCUACAAACCCGCCAAACUCUGCUCAAGGACCCAACCCUACUGCCCCCGUCAACAACGUCACCCCCCAGUCAGUAGGAAGAGAGUUUGUGCGACAAUACUACACUCUACUCAACAAGGCGCCCAAACACUUGCAUAGGUUCUACACGAAUGCAUCAUCAUUCGUGCAUGGAGGAGUAGACCCUGAUGGGAACCCGGAGGAUCCUGUUUAUGGCCAGGAGGCCAUCCAUGCUAAGAUCGUGUCACUGAACUUCCGUGACUGUCAUGCCAAGAUCCGGCAGGUCGACAGCCACGGCACGGUAGGGGAAGGUGUCGUCGUGCAGGUGACUGGAGAGCUAUCCAAUAAUGGGGAGCCCAUGCGCCGCUUCAUGCAGACCUUCGUGCUGGCGCCCCAGGCAGCGAAGAAAUACUUUGUGCGAAACGACAUCUUCCGCUACCAGGACGAGGUGUUCCAGGAUGACGAGACGGAGAGUGAACCCGAGCUCCCUGUUGAAUGUGAUUCUGAUGGUGGUCGUGAGGAGAUCCGCAUGGUUGCAGAACAGCAGCAGAGGAUCACCACCCCAGAACUGGCCAUCAUCCCUAAGGAACCACCCCCGCAACCCCAGGUUACUCCAUCUUACUAUGAGCCCCAGCCUCCUGUGAGCAAUGGGUCAACUCAUCCAGAGUCGCCUGAAGAUACCCCCAUCAAGACUGCGGCGCCGGAGGUAGAAAGCUUCUCACCGGAGCCUCAGAUGGAGAUGGAAGAUCCUUCCCUCAACCUGCAGCCUGUCGGGCCUCCUACUCCGCCUCCUGAAGAGAACCAUCAGGUGGAGCAGGUGGAGGUGGAGAAGCAGGCCCCCGUGGAGGAGCCUGUCGAUAACACACCCAAGACAUUCUCAUGGGCCGAGAGAGCCAGAGGACAGACGGCUCCAAACUCUGGUUUGGCAAGCAAACCCAUGGCAGCACCGAGCCAGGUAGUAGCACCCAAGCCGAGUGAGCCCAUCGGAGGCAUGACCACCCUUUCCCGCGACCCCCCACCCAGGGGCAAAGAGGUCCUCCCUCAGAGGGAACCCAAGGGAAGGGAUCGUCGAGUCCAAGAAAGGAUGGGUGCUGGUCCUGGCCCUAACCCUGGCAUGACUGGUGGACCAGGUCCUGCUGGUGGUGCUGGAGGAGGUGGAGGAGGCAGCGGUGGUGGAAGGCGUGGAUUUGAGGAUGGGCUUGACAAGGGAAGGGGGCCAUCAUCUGCAAGAUUCCCAGAUAGCCAUCAACUCUUCGUCGGCAACCUGCCGCAGGACAUCACUGACAAAGAACUCAGGAGUUUUUUCUCAGAAUAUGGCAGAGUUGUUGACACGAGGAUAAACCGUAACUCUGGACCCAAGCUACCAUACUUCGGUUUCAUUGUAUUUGAUGAUGCUGAGCCAGUAGAAAACAUCCUCAAGCAGAAGAGGGCAAAGCCAAUCCUGCUCCGCGGCGAACAUCGCUUGAACGUUGAGGAAAAGAAAAAUCGUGAGAUGAGGCCACCUCGUCUCCCCCGCAGUGACCUGAGGCCCGGAAGUGGUGGACCAUCCCGUGGGGGACCCCAGGGACGUGAUGGAGGACGUGGCAGCACCGGCGGUGGUGUCGGCAAAGGAGGUGGUGGUGGUGGACGUAACUACAACCCACAACGCUAGAUGGGACAGACACAGGGGAAGGGUAGGGGUCAGCAAAGGGAGAUAUUAGAAACUAGCUAUGGUAAUCCCAACACUUGCUUCAGUGUGAUCAAGCAUAGCUUACUACGGUACCUGGUGUACAAAGGGAUUGAUUAUAAAAUUGGGGUAUAUGAAUUUUAACUGUGUGUGUCUCUUAGAAGGUGGAAUGCAUCAAAUCUGACCCACAUUCUGGUUCAGAUCACGUAUAUUAUCUUGGGGGAGAUACGAUUUCACACAAGAUUGUGAUGCCAUGGUAUGUGCACCGGGCUGUGCACGAUUCCUGAAAUAAAGAAUCUCAUCGAAACAGGAACAGUGAUUUUCUUUGUCAGGUGUCUUGGGAGAUAGGAUUACUGUAUGUAUGCAAACAAAACUUGAUAUUUCUUUUGAAACUUGUGAUAGUCUAGUACUGAGAAUUGCAAUUAAGGGGUAUAUUUUAAUAAUCUGUCAUGACGUUGUGCCCCGUUCAUAUGAUAAAUAGAUUUAUUUUCUUGCUUUUCCCGAUGUAUAUCAUUUAUGUCGUCAUGUGAUUGUUAGUCCAGUGUUAUGUGUUAUGUACUGUAUAAACCUAGAAUGGACAACAGGUGGGGUGGGGGGGGGGGUAAUAGGAAAGGGGAUUCUUUUGUAUUGUGUCUGUUUUGGAGAAGUCAUCAUAACUCAUUUUUCUGAUAUGCUUCUUAUGCCAAAGGACACAGUGUUGACUUCAUUUUAUGUUUUUCUUUUCAGGGUUCCUAACAAUCGAGUCAAUUUGGGUAUCAUGUCCGGCUAUUUUGAACUUUUAAAAAUUUGAGUUAAACAAUACUCUUGUGAUAAUUUAUUCCAUUUAACAGUUGUAUAUGUGCCAUUUAAUAGAGUAUUGCUUAAUUUCAGAGACAGAUAUUUAUUCCUCGGUAGAAAAGAUCACCCUCAAAAUAAAUACAGAAGAGACAACAGCUGUGACUGUUGGAAUUUUCCAUCAGUCACAGCAUUUCUGAAAGAUUUAUUUUAUAAGGAAGAAAUGAUUGACUUUAAUAAAUUAUAUCGUAAUCAUGAUGUAAUAUUAGCAUUAAGAGACUUCUAACAGUAUUUAUCAGACUAAUCAUAUAGUGUCUGAUUGUGGAGACACGUCCAUGUUCGAUAUCCAAAUUGACUCGGUCUUACUGGUUGAUAAUUGUGAAACUCUCCUGGUUUAUGCCUCGGUGCCUUGUAGAUUAAUGAGAGUAUAAAUCGUUCAAAAGAAAAAGAAGGAUAAAAAAAGCAGGUCAAAAAGGGAACAGGUUCGGUUCAAUUUAAUCAAGAGUAUUAGCAAUUAUAUCAAAAAAUUUAAAAGUAUGAUGUAAUAGGAAUUGUGUGUGCUGAGAACAGUAUGCGUUGUAUCUGUUUCAUAUGUGGCUGCCAAUCAUCACUGUUUUUUAAAGAAAAAUUAUUCCUCUUUUUGCUUUUAUUCUUAUUCCAAGCAUCUUUAUUUUGGGGAGAACAUGGUCACUAUGCCUAUGGGGCAUUUUUGCUCUUUUCGAUGAUACCUGCAUGCCUAGCAUAGCAUGUUGAAUACUUUGUAGGAAAGAAUGUCAUGUAUUGCUUUAAUGUUCUUGACCUGAGCUUGAUGAGUGAGUGUGAUUGGUGUUUGAGAGAGCGAUAUCGAGAGUGUAUGGAUGCACACUGUGUCAGGAAAGACUUUGAUGCCUCAGGAAGAACACUUCAAAUAUUUUGGCCGGUUAGUUGUUCAUUCCACAAAGCGGACUAACUGAAUCAUUGUGUGUCUAACCUGUAUCCGACCACUGAUUAUUGAGUGCCACAAUUUCUCUUUAUUGAUGAAAAACAUACAUGUAUCACUGUGUUACUAAACAGAUAGUAAUCUUGUCAUACGACUGGUUUUUUCAUUCUGUCUAUGACCUGGUUUACUACUUUUAUCAAUGGCUACAUUACAGAAGAAGGUUUUCUUUCUUCAGUGUGUGCCCUAGCACUUGGUAUUUUCAGACUGGACCCAGUGAGUUAAAGGUUCCCAAUCAAUUGCACUUGGUAAGGACCAAUUGAGAUCAUUGUUGCAUGGAUAAUUGGUUCAGAAGACUGACAAAUAGCCAAUCGGGCUUCUUCUUCAAAGUCACAAUUGACCGCAAACCUUUGUGUCACUGGACCCUGGAGAGCAUUAAGUUAGUCCGCUUCAUGGAAUAAAGGCCAUGGAAUUUGAAGAAGUUUUAGAUUUAUUUGCUGGAUAUUUAUAUCGGAAGUUAUGAUGUAAAUACUAUUACUACUAUUAAAAAUUAAGACGAAAAUACCCUUUGUGAUGUUCAUCCAUUAACUUCAGUAGUUUAAGGAGGAUAAUUGCUUAAAAUAAAAAUAUACAAAAGCCAUUUUUCUGCCUGUCCAAAAUUUACAGAAUUACAGUUAUUUUCGUAGUCAGUGGUUAAGAAGAUCAAUACUAAGUUCUCCCUCGCUCAAAGUCCUGCAUAUGCCGUAUACUCCAUGGUUCUUCCCAAUAUUUUGUUAUAAGCUUCGAUUUAUAAGUUUCCUUGUUUUCUUAGCGCAAGAUCGGAACAAGUACAUGAUGAAAUUACUCUGUUUCAUCAGACUGAGACGAGGUCGCUUGUUCUUUAAUAUCUAGACUAUUGAUUCGCUACCUUGCUUGUAAUUAGUGUCUAUAAGAGAGGGUCGUUUAUUAUGAUAAAUUAAUGCACUGUUACUUAUCUAAUCUAAUCUAUUCAUAAGUCCACUAUCUAUGGAGGUUAUGUGAAGAUGGAAUUUGAUGAUAUGUGUGUGAUGGGGUGUCAUUUAGGAGACUUCUACAAGAAAGAUGAAUUGAAUGUCAUUGUAAAAAUAUUUCUCAUCUUUUUCCUCUCAUUACACAUUCUUUUCACGUCUUCAUGUUAUUUAUCCUCUUCACGUUCCUUGGAUCUGUUACGUUGUAUGAUACUUUCAUCUCGUCAUGAUGUUGUGUAGUAUAAUAACGGUGGUAAAAGAGAGUAUCAGUCACACCUCCGCUUGGAAUAUCUCAAACUUUAAGUAUGUGUUUCCAAAGGACAAUGAGCUCUUGAAAUUGAGAUAUUUUAUUGUUGUCAGGUCACUUUUUGAAUGCCUAGCAAAUUGUACAGUUUCAUCCAUUAAAAGCAGCUUAACUUGCCUAUGAAAUCGUUUUGUCAGAAUUUGAAUAAGUUUCCAAAACAUUUGGCACAUCCAGCCCCCCAUUUUUUGUUUCAUUUUUACGAAAGUGUGCCAAAUGUUUUGGAAAAUAAAUAGCAAGUAAGUGAGCAUAUUUUGAGAAGUCUUUGUUAUAAUUUCUUUUUGAUACAGUGCCAGCAUGUGAAUUUGUUUAAAUUAUGUACAGUUUUUUUCAUGAUAGGAAAUUAAAAAAAAAGAGAAAAUUAAUAAUUGAGAUGAUCCUGAUGGUAUUUUGAAAACAGGAUUAGUAAUUUUGUGAAUGGCAAACCUGCAUUCCUUUUUUGAUCACAAGGAGAUGUACUUUUUGCAUGUAAUGUUCGCUCACUCGUCGGGGUGCAGCUCUCGAGUACAUCUGUCCAAGUUUUGUUGUUUCCGUCUUUGUUCCGAUACAUCAGUACACAUUGCUCCAUUGUGGUUUCUUUCUUCCUUUACAAAAGGCAUUGCCUAGUCCAUUUCAUGUGUUUUUCCGUAGUGUAGCCCUUUGUUGUAUGUUGCUUACUUACACUCUUUCACCAAAUGCAUGUUAAUGAGGUCUGAAGAGGAUUACUUUGAUACCAGAAAGCUAAUAUUAUAGUCGUCCCUGUUCACAUUAGAAGUGAGUGAGUGGAGGAAGUGACUUUGAUGUAUUUGUUCAUAAUAGAGCCUGGUAUGAACAGCUCUUCAUGUAAUAAUAGCGUGUGUGCAAUUUUUAAAUCAAACGUCGGAUCACUCAAUGUAAGGGUGAUGUAUGCCGUUAAUCUCGUAUGUUAAACUUAUUGGUCAAACCAUGUCAUCUGCACACCACUACAUACCUUUGUACUUAGAGGGAGCCCUUCAUAUUUGGUAGAUCUUCAAACUUUCAUGUGCUGGGGAAUAAAGUAUACAUAGUUUUCAGCUUUUCAUAUUUUUGUUCUUUUUUGUGUAAAAUGGGAUCCCCGGCUCAUGGAAGUUUUAUAUCAACCAGAAUGGGUAGGUUUUCCUCGAUGAUUGAUUAUUAGACAAAAUACAUAAUUCCGACAGGAUUCGUGACAAUAAAACAGAACAGUUAUUAAUGCAAAAAUAAA